AUUCACUCUCAGCCUGGUUGCGAAUGGCGGUUACGUGUUUGUUAUCAAUGUGUCGCGUAGGAGAAUUUUCAUCACAAAAAACAACAGCCCUGAAAGAUGUUCUUUUGCCUACAUUUAGAAACCGUGGCUUCAAAACCCUAAAUGGGGAAGUGUGUGGGUGGAUAUGGGGAGUGGGAGCGUUUAUCCCUCAUUACAUUAUGUUCAGGCUUCAGUUCAAGCUUAUGUUUGUAAUGCUACUAUCGAGAAAGUGGAGCGGAAAAUCCGUCUACAAAUAUUUACUUUGCUUCCAAAACUGGCUUUGUAUUAACGUAAAUUACAACCCCGAAUUCUAUGUGACUGACACGUAUCACAUGCACAGGUAAAUUCAAGUCUUAUCUGUCCCGCCACUCUUUGAUCACUCGGUAAAUUCAAGUCUUAUCUGUUCCGCCACUCUUUGAUCACUCAUUUUAUCAAUCGGAACAUCGCUCGGCCCUUUACGUCAAGGUAGAAAAAACUCGUGAUCAAGGAGUGACGAGUACAGGAAGCAGUUAGAUAAACAGAAACAGCCGAACGAUUACCAAUGUUUCGAAGACCAGGGCGCUGAGUAUAGCAACAUCAAUUGACCAAUAUUAAGAAAAUCAACUAAUUCAGAGGUGAUACAUCUUACAUGGUACCUAGUGGAGGACGAGCCAGAAGACUACUUGCAGGGACUGUAUGAUGAUUCUGAUGAAUGUUUGGGAUUAUCUCCUUGUUGGGAAAAUUCAAAUGCUGUGUUUUUCAUUAUUUUUUCAAGAUUACAAAAUAUCUUUGAAAAGGAAAAAUCAUUAAUAGUAAUUUUAUGAGAGAAUUAAACAUUGGUGUUUUAUUGCCUAUUUGAUGGAUAAGUUUUCUAUGUAUUUAUUUACAUGUAAAUACCUGAUUGAAAUCCAUAAUAUAUUAUGUAUAUUAGAAGUGGAAUUCAAUAGCAACUAUAAACAUGCAAACAUGUACUAAAGUCAACCUGUGAAUAAGUCAGUUAGCGUUUUUCAGAGAAUCGUUUAAUACAUAUUCUAUGGAGGUCCGGGUUAGAAUACCGUAUAGCAGGUUUAUUUCGCGGGUCUAAAAUGUGUCGAUUUGCUGGCUGAAAGGUAUCCUAAUAAUUUUAGCGGAAUAAAUUUUGGCGGUCAGGGAAGAGUUGUCUCUUUUUCAAAUACUGAAGCCACAUUUGAGUGCAUAUUUAGCAAUUGAAAUUUUCGCGGAAAGCUAUCUAACCACUUAAAGCUAAGAUUAUAACCCCGCGAAAAAAAAACCGCUAGAUGGUGGCUCCUCAGUACCCCUUGCUUGUCGUAAGAGUCGACUAAAAGGGCCGUCCUUCAGAUGAGACUGCAAAAACUAUGGCCCUGUGUAACAGUAGGUGUGGCACGAUAAAGAUCCCUCCCUGCCCAAAGGCUGUAAGCUCCGAACAUAGGCCUAGAUGUUGCAGCCCUUCACCGGCAAUGUUGACGUCUCCAUAUGAGUGAAAAUGUCUCAAAUGGGACGUUAAACAAUAUAUAACCAACCAACCUUAAAUACACCAAAUAAAUAAGAGAAUAUAUUUUUUAGAGUUUAAUUUUUCAUGCAUAAGUUAGCUAUCUAUUAAUAAUCUGGUCAAAUGAUUGGAUAACGGAAUAACUUAUUGAUUAUCAAUUAUUGACUAACUGAUUACUGUAGUUUAUUAUAAUUGAUAUUGGGUAUCCAUGUUCCUGUGUGUUUGUAAUGACUAGACAGUGGUCUGUGUUUGUUUUAAUGACACACCCUGGCUUCGUUUUUCAUGGUUAUUCAUGGUAAACUUAAAAAGCAAAGGUAUCCACACUGCAAAUUCACAAUCCUUUUUCAGUAUGUAUUUAUGUAUAGUGCACUAUCACCACACAAUGGCAUACAUUGAUUCAGGAAAUAUAGAACACCUAUGUACAUUAAAAAAAACAGGAGCUCAUUUUGCACGUUCUGUAGGAACGAUACAUUCAGUAUUUUUUUUUUGUUGUAUUUAUAGAUUAUUACUCUCGUUGUCAAUGGUUUGUUACUAAUUAAACUGAGAUUUUAUAAACUUGAAAAUACAUGUUUGGGAAAGGAAAAAUAUUCCGGCAGUAAUAUGCAGAUAAAAGUCGGGACAAAGAAUUCAAAGUCGAAACAUUGCUCACAAAAAGGUCUUGUAUGCAAGCAUACGUAUAUCAAUUUUUAUUUUGAUUGGCUAAUGCAAGGUGAAGAUAAUGCACUUAGGUUUGAGACAGUUAAAUCAGUCUUUUCAGCUGUGCCAUCAAGCAUAGUAUUUAAAAAAAGUGUAACUUAUCUUAUUGAGAGUCCAUUGAAAUGUACACUUCAGACAACAUCGCAAUAACAGACAUACAUAACGUCAAAUAUCGAAAGUUUCCAAUAAAGUGUCAUUAGUGAGACUUAGUUAACAACUGUUAAACCACCAUGAAUGAUCACAGACAUCAAGUUACAAGAUCUUUAUCCACGAAAUAAACUAAAUGUUAAACUUCUGUAAUCCCCCCCCCUCAUUUGCUGGGAUUUAAUUAAAUUAUUAAUAAACUGGAAUUAAUCCUCUUUUUCGAAGUACAUGUAGGAGUAGAAUUUUUUUUCGAGAAAAAUAAUGAUUUGUUGAAAUCAUUGUAUGUCUUGGAUUUUUUUUUACCUGGAAUAAGGUACAGAGCGAGGUAUUUUUUGAAAUGUGAGCUCCAUAACUUGUUGGCGAGUCCGAGGAAGAAUCUGAUGAGGAUGAGGACAAUUCCAUAGCUGUUGUCAAACGUAAAUCAUCUCUCAUACUGCACGCAGAACUUUUAAGUUUUGAAGCACAUUUUGCAAAUAACGAGUUGCCAAAUAGUUGUUUCCGUUUGUGCAACUCUUUCAUGCAGUGAGAUGUAAAUCCUGUUUUGGACACUCAUGAAUGUAUUGUUGGUACAAUGGUUUCCACGACAUUCAUAUACAUAUGUACAGAAUAUGUUAAGAUAAUGGAAAAGCAAACUCUAAUCAGAGAGAAUAUCGUAUAGAGAAGACAAGUAUCAAACUUCAAUGUCAUUCUUAACUAAAAUCAUCAAUUGGGUCAAAUACAUGUAUUUGCAAACUGAAUUUAACAGUUCCCGUGGGGAUCCAGGUUAGAAUAGGUCCUCAGUACUCCUUGCUUGUCGUAAGAGGCGACUAAAAGGGGCGGUCUUUCGGAUGAGACCGAAAAAAUGAGGUCCUGUGUCACAGCAGGUGUGGUACGAUUAAGAUCCCUCCCCACUCAAUGGUCAUAAUUGCCGAGCACAGGCAUAAUGCAGCUCUUCACCGGCAAUGGCGACAUCUCCAUAUGAUUGAAAGAUCCUCGACGUUAAACAAUAUUUAAUCAAUUAAUCAAUCAUGAAUUUAACAGCCAAAUUUAACCAGUUUCCUUUGAUUAUAGUCAUUUUAUUGUGAAUCAACUUAAACAGGACUAACUUUUUCAUGGGUGAUGUCAGAGUCUAACAAACAGUCUGUAAUAUACAUGUAUGUAUACAUCAUGAUCCCACGCAAGUCUUCAGCGGAAUAUAGUUAACUCUCCUCCAUUACAGAAGAUCUGAUAUUGCUAGUGUUGUUUAUUUUUCUUUUAUGGUAAUUAGAAAAAUAUUUCUGUCCUGUAGCCAUGGAAACAAAACAAAAGAUGAAAGAAGUGGGAAAAGUGGCAAAGAGAGCAAACCUUGCACAGCUAGAUAUUGAUGAUGAUGACUACGAUGAAGAUGAUGAUUAUGAUAGUGAAAAUAUGUUGGCCCUGCGUUUCCUGGAUGAUGAGGCCUCAGAAGACAGUGAUGAUGAAAUGGAGAGGUUCAAAGAAAAAAAGAAGGAAUCCAAAAAACAGUUACAUGAUCAAAUGGAGAAACUGACAAAUUCAUGCAUUCCACCAAAUGUGAGAGAACAAAACGAUAUUGAUGUUCAGAAAUGGAAAGAGGAAGACAAGCUUUACUAUGAAACCCACAGCUUUCCGUCAAUGAUGGAAAAAGUGAGAAACCAACCUUACGUAACGUUUGUUGGUGUGCCUGGGUCCGGGAAAUCUGCCACGGCUAACCACAUCGCCCUCAAGCUCCAGGAGGAAGGUUACGAGGUUGUACCAACCAAAGACGUCAGGAAGAUGGAGGACUAUGGUGACCCCAGGAAUCCACAGGUUUUUGUUAUUGAUGAUGUGGUGGGUGUCUUUGGACUACAGAAUACUAAAUUAGAUGUAUUGAAUAGUUGCAAAGAGAAAGUAACACAGCCUUGCAUGGUUAAGUCUCGAACUUUGAUAACAUGUAGAGAGGCUGUGUUCAAUGAGACACUACCUUACAAACCAUUCCUCACCAAAGAAGAGACUGUGAUUAAGUUACACAGUUCUGAUCAUGUAUUAGAUGACAAUGACAAAAAACAGAUUCUCCAGAAGUAUGGUUUAAAUGUUGAUCUAAUAUCGCCUGCAUUGCUGACAUCAACAUCUGACAUGUUUCCCCUUCUCUGUAAAUUGUUUUCAAAGGAAACAAAAUUCCAAGCUCUGGGUUCAAAGUUUUUUCUGAAUCCAGUCCCAUGCAUCAUUGAUGCACUUAAUGAUAUGCAAAGACAUAACAAACUGAAUUAUGCAACACUUGUUUUGUGUAUGCUAAAUGAAAGCAGGCUCUCAGAAAACAUUUUAAAGGAGAGAAAAAAUGAAUAUUUCAUAAAUAUGAAAAAUGACACUUUGGAAAAUUGUGAAUUAGAAAGACAGACUGAUGCAUUUAAGGUUAUGGAUGCUUUGUCAGCAAUGGAGGGGAUAUACACAAAACAAUGUUGUGCACAGUACACAUUUAUACAUGACUCCAUGUUUGAAAUAUGUGCUUAUCAGUAUGGCAAACAGUUUCCUGAACAAAUAUUGCUGUCUAUGAGUAGUAGUUAUAUUGCUAAUUAUGUCAAACCACAGACAAGUGAACCAGGUAUGGUUAACAGAGUGAAAGAGAAACAUAGUGAUUCUCAAUCUAUUGAGGGGGUUGGGAGUAACAAUGAUAGUGAUGAGAGAGUGAAACGGAGUGAUUCUCAAUCUAUUGAGGGUGAUGAGAGUAGUGAUGAUGGUUAUGGAAAAGACCAGGAGAGUGAUGAUAAAAACAGUGAGAGGGAGGAGUCGUUUGAUCUGUGUAUAAGGUUAUGUGAAGAUCAGUACCCACUGUUAGCAGAGAGAUUGUACAGAGACAUACAGAACAUGGAACUGUAUGAUGUUUUCAGGAAUCAUGUGUUGAAACAUCCCCAGGUAUAUCAGGUUUUUAUUGGUGUGUUAGAGACAACAUCAUACACAGAAUUGAAAUCAUUAUUUCUGUCCAGUCUGGGAAAUGUAGAUAAGAUAGUGAGUAAACGAAAGCCUGUGGUGGAGGAGAGUUUGGAGAUGAGGGAUUGGAGUGAGUCGGAGAGACAGAAUGCGCUGGUGGAUCAGAGGGAGAAACGAGGUAAGUGGUUGGGACAGGGGGUGCUGUUUGAUUGGGGAAAUAAACGAGAUGAUAGGAGACAAAUAUUAUAUGGACACACAUGCAAUGUGAGGGUGAUCAGCUGGGUGAUUUACUAUGGACAUUAUCAUAUAUUAAAGUACAUAGUACAACAGACUGAACAACACAAUGCAAUAGAUGAAGUAUUUGAGAUAACAGGGAGUUCUGCACAUCAAUCUAAAUCUGGGAGAUAUACAGAUAAUAAACAACAAAGUGAAUAUAAUAGGCUCACGGAAGCAUGCAGAUUACUCUUAUUGAGUUGUUAUAGUGGUGAUGUACAGAUAGUCAGAAUUCUGCUUCCUGACUGUAAGAAAACAAUAAAUGGGAUAGGUCGGAUCAGUGAAGACACCUGCUGGUCUUGUCAUUCACCUCUUACUGUUGCAAGUGAGGGAGGACAUGAAAGUAUAGUGAAGGAGCUAUUGAAGGCGGGGGCUGAUGUCAAUAUACAGAAUAUUGAUGGAGAUACACCACUGAUUGCUGCAUGCAGGAGGGGGCAUUUUAGUAUAGUGGAGGACCUGGUGAACGCGGGGGCUGAUGUCAAUCUAAAGGGUAGACGGUGGAUUACACGGGAGAUAGCUGAUUUCAGACAUUUUAUUAUAGUGGAGAAGCUACAAUAUAUAUAUGGGAAUACUCCACUGAUAGCUGCAUGUAAGGGAGGACAUGUGAAUAUAGUGGAGAAGAUGGUGAAGGCAGGGGCUGAUUGCAAUCUAGAGAGUAGACAAACGCAUACACCACUGAUAGCUGCAUGUGAGAAAGGACAUUUGAAUAUAGUGGAAGAGCUGGUAAACGCGGGGGCUGAUGUCAAUCUACAGAGUAGACAGGGGCAUACACCACUAAUAGCUGCAUGUGAGAUAGGACAUUUGAGUAUAGUGGAGGAGCUGGUGAAGGCGGGGGCUGAUGGCAAUCUAGAGAGUGGACAAGGGCAUACACCACUGAUAGCAGCAUGUGAGAGAGGACAUUUGAGUAUAGUGGAGGAACUGGUGAAGUCAGGGGCUGAUGUCAAUCUACAUACUACAUCGGUGAAUACACCACUGAUAGCUGCAUGUAAGGGAGGCCAUGUGAGUAUAGUGGAGGAACUGGUGAAGUCGGGGGCUGAUGUAAAUCAACAGGAUAUACAUGGCUAUACACAACUGAUAGCUGCAUGUAAGGGAGGACAUAUGAAUAUAGUGGAGGAACUGGUGAAAGCGGGGGCUAAUGUCAAUCUACAGGAUAAUGACUCGAAUACACCACUGAUAGCCGCAUGUAAGGGAGGACAUAUGAAUAUAGUGGAGGAACUGGUGAAAGUGGGGGCUAAUGCCAGUCUACAGGAUAGAUAUGGGUAUACACCACUGAUAUCUGCAUGUGAGAGAGGGCAUGUGAGUAUAGUGGAGGAGCUGGUGAAGGCGGGGUUUGACGUCAAUCUACAGGAUACAUGGGGGAAUACACCACUGAUAGCUGCAUGUAAGAAAGGACAUGUGAAUGUGAUGGAGAAGCUGGUGAAUGCGGGGGCUGACGUCAAUCUACAGGAUACAUGGGGGAAUACACCACUGAUAGCUGCAUGUAAGAAAGGACAUGCGAAUGUGAUGGAGGAGCUGGUGAAGGCGGGGGCUGAUGUCAAUCUACGGGAUAGAUAUGGGUAUACACCACUGAUAGACGCAGUAAGAAGGGGUUCUUUUUCAAAAGUGAAUUACUUUGUGGAGCAUGAAGCUGUCUUGGUUGUUCAGAUUGUGAACAUGAAUGUGUCAGCAGUAUAUAGAGCAUUAAUACUGAACGAAUCGCUUAUAAUGAAAUAUCUCAUAGCGGAACAAAAUGAAAAAAUUCCAGGUAAAUUUAAUGGAAAUGUACACCUAUUUAACUGUCUGGUGGACAUCAGACGUGCUGGAGUUAAAACAGACAGUAGGGAUGAUUUGAUGGUAACAUACAGGAAAGUGUUGUGUAUGGAUAGACAGGGAGAUUUGUGGGAGACAAUCAGUGAGGGAGACUGUGAUAUACUGAGACGUCUGCUGUGUGUGGGUCUGGAUGUCAAUCAGUCGAUACAAUUGUAUGAUACUUACCAUGAUUACAAGUCUGAUGUCAAACCUCUGUUGUAUAAACUGAUUGAUGAUAGUGUUAUUGAUAAAGUGGAGAAGGUGAGGAUCCUGCUUGGGGCGGGGGCGGACGUAACUGUCAGGGUAAGGUAUAAAGGGUUUGACCCUGUGUUAGACAGGGAGGGUCUAUCUGUUUUAGAGAUGACGAGGCGACUGGUGUGUAAUUACAGUCAUAAUGGAAAUUUGUAUAAAAAUACAAAAAGAGUGAUGUGUGAGAUAAAGAAACAUGUCAGAAGACACUCUGUAUAAUCCCUGAUAUAAUUAUACAGGUGUGUUGUUACUGAGUACAAGAGAUAAAGAAACAUGUCAGAAGACACUUUGUAUAGUCCCUGAUAGAAUUGUACAGAGAUAUUGUUACUGAGUACAAGAGAGUGAUUUGUGAGAUAAAGAAACAUGUUACAAUACAUUCUGUAUAGUCCCUGAUAGAAUUGUAGAGAGAUGUUGUUACUGAGUACAAGAGAGUGGUGUGUGAGAUAAAGAAGCAAGUCAGAAGACAUUCUGUAUAGUCCCUGAUAGAAUUGUACAGAGAUGUUGUUACUAAGUACAAGAGAGCGAUGUGUGAGAUAAAGAAACAUGUCAGAAGACACUCUGUAUAGUCCCUGAUAGAAUUGUAGAGAUAUGUUGUUACUGCGUACAAGAGAGAGAUUUGUGUGAUAAAGAAACAUGUCAGAAGAGACGAUGUAUAGUCAGUAGAUGUACUGAAACCUGAUAUGUUACCGGUAUAUUUGAUAUAAUUGAAGAGAUGUUAUUUUGUCAGUAGAUGCACUGAGUAUAAAGUCCGGUAUGUUAUUGGUAUAAUUGUACAUAAUGUUGUCUAAUGAAUUGUUCCGCAUAUCUCUCUCGUUAAAUGUCUGCUUGUUGGUAUACAUUGAUAUAGUGUUAAACAUAGUCUGUGAUUAUGUUAAAAUCAGAUAGAUGUUUAAUAUUAAAGGUUCAUGUAAUAAACAGAAUGUUCAAUGCGAUUAUUGUCUAAACCAAUGAUUAUAAUUAGAUGUACUUGUGUGCAUUGCUUUAUGUUUAUGUACUAUACAUGUUUAUUAUCCAUAAAAUCAGUACCUAGUAGUAGUUUUUCUGGUACAUAAUAUUGGACGAUUGAAAUAAAUAAUGAAUUAAAGAC